AUGGAGCAUCUGGUCUGCCUCGCUUGUCAUGUGAAUUUCACCAACCAAAGGUUCCCAGGUAUUGGUCGGAAACCUUUAGACUGGGAGACCCGGCUGAAAAUUGCGGUAGGUGCAGCAAGGGGUGUUGCUCACAUCCAUAGACAAGAUGGUGAGAAGCUUGUGCAUGGAAAUAUAAAAUCCUCAAACAUUUUCUUCGAUGGGCAAAAUUACAGCAUUGUCGGUGAUGCUGGAUUGGCGAAACUAAUGCGUCCAAUCAGAAGGUCAGCUGUCAGGGAUCCUCACUACUAUCCUGCGGAAGUUACAGACACCAGGAAGGUGUCUCAAGCUUCUGAUGUCUACAGCUUUGGCGUUGUGCUGCUUGAACUUGUCACAGGACGGACAUCUUCUCAAACAACCACGGAUGGUGGUGAUGUCAUCUCACUAGUUAACUGGAUUCAGUCUGUUGUUCGCGAAGAAUGGACUCUUGAAGUGAUUGACGUAGAACUUCUGAGGUAUCCAAGUGAGACGGAAGCAAUGGUACAAGUGUUGCAAAUAGGACUGGACUGUGCUGUCACUGUCCCCGAGCUCAGACCAAGAAUGGCUCAAGUGGUGAGAAUGUUGGAGGAAAUCAGUGGCAUCGAACCAGCCGAUGAAUCAAGAUUGGAGGAUCGAUGGGAGCAACCAACCGUUGAAUCAAUAUUGGAAGAUCUAUUGGAGGAUUUGUUGCCCACUCUUACACCAUAA